UCUGUCUUCGUGUUCAUGCUUCCAGUGGCUCCUCCGCAUAACAGCAUGAAUCAAGCAACCGUGAGCGCUGCUGGACUCAGGGAGGCAGGUGAUAGGCAACCUCUUCCCCCAGGAUGGAGCAGCUACACUUCCCCCGAGGGUCUGCAGUACUACGUCAACAGCUCCAGUAAAGAAACAACAUGGCAACGUCCCUCCUCGUCAGCUGAUGCCCCACAGAGACCACUGGCACGACUGAACUCCUCACCAUAUGCCAAUGGAUGCAGCAGCAGCACAAAAACCAGUCAGCCUCCGGAGACUGCUAAAGUUUCUCUGAGGAAACCUUUAAUGUACAAGCAGCCCCCCGGCUCCGUGUCGCCAGCCAAACGGCAGAUCAAGGAGGUCAAGGAGACUAAAACCACUAUCAACUGUGUGACUUUCCCUCUUCCUGGAGAAGGUCCAGAGCAGCAGCUCCUCAAGCCCGACGAAUGGAGCUACUGCGAUUACUUCUGGGCCGACAAGAAGGACCUGCAGGGGACCACCUCAGUGGCAGGUUUCGAGGUUCUCCUGCAGAAGCAGCUGAAGGGGAAACAGAUGCAGAAAGAGAUGGCCGAGUUUAUCCAUGAGAGGAUAAAGAUCGAAGAGGAAUAUGCCAAGAACCUCUCCAAGUUGUCUCUGAGCCCUCUGGCAGCACAGGAGGAAGGGACUCUUGGAGAGGCUUGGACUCAGCUGAAGAAGAGUCUCCACGAUGAAGCUGAAGUCCACCUCAAGUUCUCCAACAAACUACAUACAGAGGUAGAGAAACCCUUGCUGACAUUCAGAGGCGACAACUUCAAGAAAGACCUGAAGAAGUACGACCACCACAUCGCCGACCUCAGGAAGCAGCUGGCAAGCCGGUUCGCCAGCGUGGAGAAGGCCCGUAAAGCUCUGGCAGACCGGCAGAAGGAUCUGGAGGUGAAGACUCAGCAGCUGGAGAUCAAACUCAGCAACAAGACGGAGGAGGACAUAAAGAAAGCCCGACGGAAAUCCACCCAAGCAGGUGAUGACCUGAUGCGAUGUGUGGAUCUCUACAACCAAACCCAGUCCAAGUGGUUUGAGGAAAUGGUCACCACCAGCAUGGAGCUGGAGAAGCUGGAGGUGGAGCGGAUCGAGUGGAUUCAGCAGCAUCUACGUCAGUACACAACUCUGCGGCAUGAAACUGACAUGUUCAACCAGAGUACGGUGGAGCCGGUGGACCAGCUGCUGCAGAACGUGGAUCCAGCCAAAGACAGAGAGCUGUGGGUGAAAGAGAACAAAACCAGCGAGGUUCGGCCUGUGGACAUGGACAUAUAAACCGUCCAGACCCGGGAUCGGCCGUCCUGUUUUUAGUAUUAUGGCACGUCCAUAGAGUCCCAGAACAUUUCUGAUUCCACUGAUCCACGGACGGUGCAUGUUCAGACUCGUGAGGUCUGCUCAUCCUCUCUGACUGGAAUCAUAAAGAGGAAAAAGGUUUAAACAUAGUCUUGAAUCCAGGAAACAGAAAUGGAUCAAAGUACCAGCAUGCUCCUUCGAAAUUUUAACCCUAUCAUAAUCAACAUUAGCUUAUUGAAUGCCAUUAACGUACUAUGCUGUUUACCUGUUGAAGUUGUAGAAAAAACAAACCUCUGUAUUUUGAUCUCUUCAGUUUUGCUUCAAACAAACAUUCUUCCAGUUUGAGUAAACCAAACGGAGAAAAAUGAAGUCUGAUUAUUGAUAUUAUCUUUAUUUUAGAUACAGAUACUGAAGCAUACUGAGAUCUCAGAGUGAAUAUGAUAUAUUUUCAUAUUUUGCUGGCUCUUUUUGGUGGACCUGCAUGUUUUGAAUAUCUUGCUUUUACCAUAGACUGAGAGCUGCACAGUUUGUGGAACCAUGAUGGUUGUUUUACUGUAGUUUAUUGAAAUUGCACAAGGUCAUCUGUAUCUUGUUAAUUUACGAACUUUGUCACAGGAAAAAGAAAACAAAUAGUUGUACAGCAUUAUUAUCCAGUAACCUCAAUUGUUAAAAACAGUGUUUUGGAAGGCCACGAGUAACAACAAGUGGUCCAUCAGAUUUAGGCCAGGGUCUGUUCUGGAUCAGUCUGGAAGUAAAAAGGUGGUCCAAGUUACACUGAAACACCUUUUAGUGCCUAACGGUUAUAUACCUGGAAUGUCCUUGAUAUACUCUACUCUGCAUUAGUGUACAUUUUGUACAUACCGGCUAGAUGUAUUUUGUUGUCAAGAUGUUUUAACAGGCCGCAGAUGUUUGGGCCGACGAGGUGUUUGCACUGUACAUUGUUGUUUAUGUUUGUUUUUUGGUAAAUGUGCAGGAAAUAUCUUUACAGUGGUGUUUGGUAAAAGAGUCGACAUGCAGCUAAAUUCACCAAGAUUUGGUUUAUCCAGCUAAAACUUGGAUAAAACCAGUUUGAUCAGAGGCUGCAUGUACAGUCCGUGUCUGUGUUUACACGUGGUCCGUCUGUCGUCUUUUUACAUUAACUUGUGGUCUGUUUUUGUCCUGGGUUGAUUUUGGAUUGUUAUUUUUUGCCUCCUGGUAUGUUUAGAUUUCCAAAACUAGGAUUAAAUAACAAAUCCAGCUGCAAAGCACAAAAAAUUAUGUCACAAAAAAAGACAAAUGUUUACCAGCUUCAUCAAAAGCACACUAAUUUGUUUUAUGCUAAAUCUAUAUUGGAACAAAAAUUUCUGUUUUUUUCUUUAAGCCCAAACUUGCUUCAUGCACAGGUAUUAAAUAGCGUAUCUGUUGUAGAGGUUUUAUCGGUGUGUGUCAAUGUUGUGCAUUAAGUGUAAUUUUGUUCCAGCUAAAUGUUCUUGGUAAGACUUCACGAUGGCGUAACUGUUGAGUUAAAGCCCCUCACCCUCUGUGUGGUGAACAUUUCCAUUGAAGCCAAUGUUUUAAGAAUGUUUGAUUAUACGUGACCUCUAUCCAGACCGUGUACUGAAGAAUGCGGCAUCCAAAAUAAAUCUCCUCUUUGAAAAUGAAA